AUGGACUCAAAGAGGAUUCGUGACAGUGAAAUAAGCCAGUUUGAACAAUUUAUUCGUGAAUUGAAUAAAUACUUUAAAAUGAAAUCAAUUGGCUCAAUACAACAGUAUUAUAAUGUCGAAAAGAAACUCAACUUUGACAACGAGCUUGAUGAUAUAAAGAAUGAGAAGGAACGAUUUCAGAUGAGCCGACAACCACUGGAGGAUUUGCAUGACGAUUUGAUGAAAUUUGAAACAGAAUUGGAAAACCAGUUGGAGGAAAAUAUGGACGAUUUUGAGAGAAUGUUAUUAACUCUAACAGAUGAAUUCAUACAAGCGAUUGAGGCGAAAGUUGCAAUUUGUCGAAAGGCUGAAGACGAGUACUACGAAAAGGUCUCAAACCAUUGUUUUCAUCUGCUUGAUAAAGUUCCCCUUGAAGAAAUGGGAGUCGAGGUGACGCCACAACUUUGUGAGAUGUUUGAAGACAAAGAAAGCCUUACUGAGGUUCUGGCCGACUGUCACGCAGGGCAUACAAGUUCAUUCUAUUCAAAAGUUGACAAUAUCCGCGAACGAUGCCAAUCAUGGCUUAAAGAAGUUCUUCUUGGAUUUCGGAACACCUACAUAGAAGGACGGAGAAGGGCAAGAGGAAUGAUCUAUCGGAUCCGAAAGAGCUCCCUGCCAGCUCUGCCUCCUACAAAAGGAACUCAAUCUUUUAAGAAGAGCCGAGAGUUAACGGUUCUCUUUGGCCAGCAUCGAAUGACUCAGUACUUCGGAUCAGAUUUUAUUCAUCCCUUUAAGCUAAUUGACGUGGAUCCUUCUAUUUUGCAAGCAAUCAAUGAUCGAUUUCAAUCCUGCCGACCGGUCUUUCGUUUGGAUCGAGGUGUUGACCUACAAACUACCCGGGUCCUCGCCGCUCCAGACGCCACGUGCAUUCCUGCAAACCUCACUCCCUAUGGAGAGGGAUCGGUACUUUGUGUCGAAAUUAAGCCUAAAUUUGGGGCAAUACCUCGUGGACCUGAACGUGAUCCCAUUGAGACGACAAUUAGAAGGAACGCAAUGUUCUGCAUCAUGCAAUAUCACGAGACGAAAAGACGUAUAUGGGGUCGACCAUCGUCCUACUGUCCCUGUGACCUGUUUUCCGGGAACCAAGAAAGGAUGCUACGAGCUCUCUUUGCAAUGCUUGAAGUCCGUCAAAACAAUCUGCGAGUAUUUUGCAACAGUUGCUGCGUGUUGAGUAACAGUGUUGAUUUACUAGAUAGUGCUCUGAUGGAUUUCUUCCACCCUCCUCUGGAGGAAUGUAAAAGUGGGGGAAUGAAUCACAGCAACUUUGGCGACUCCCCUGAAUUCGCUCCUUCGCAUGCCCCGGAUAAAUCCUCGAGUGAUAGCGAAUGUGACGGUGGGACCGCCUGCCAUUCACGUGCAUGUCAACUCCACGCUGCAGACGAAGGCUCACUGCGCCAUCGUUUCCUGGAGGGUCUGCUCCUUCCUGCCCUCCUCACUGCAAUCCCCUCUCCCUCUACCUCUGGCAGCAUCAGCAGAUCACCAGAGUUCCGCUACGAGUGUGACCUCCAUCCCUACACUCCUUCAAAGGCGUCAAAUGAAAAGAACACAUCUUCCUCCGUUACCUCAACUCCAACGCUGAGUUUUCGUGAUCUUCCGCAAAACUCGCCUCUUGGUCGAAUAUUGCAAGCGCAGUUGGAGAGCUCUCUCAGUCACCAAGACCUCAUCGGGCACUACGAAUCCGUAGCAGCGUACUUUGAAGAACACGGUAUUCCUUGGGAUUCCUACAUUAGUGGCAAGAUUUUCGUUAAUACUGCCGAGGCACCGCCCUGCCUCAUUGAAAGUCUGAACCUCGUUGAGAAGCACCUGGUGGCUAUGGUCGCAAGAGACUGUUCCAUUAUGCUCACCUUUCAACGUGCGAAAAACAACUGCCCGGCGAGCGUCUUAACGGUCGGUGGCGAGUGUCCAUGCAUUCCGAAAACUAUUAUCAACAUCAGUAUCGUGGAUUUGGACCCAAAGGAGUUGAAAAACCUUCAAGAGCGUGUAAAAUCCGAACGUCGUGUGGCCGAGCAAUUCUUGCUUCAACGCGAGGAAAACCAAAAUGUCAUUGGAGUGUGCAGUGCAAUGGAUGGGCCAAGGCGUCAGUUGACACUGUCCGAGUCGUUUAGUAGAGCAGCAAAGGAACCCCGCCUAGAUCCCACAAACUCCGGAUCUUCCGCGAACAUGGUUGCUAAUGCGCCUAACAUUUUCCUGAAUUCUCAGUUUUUUUGGCAGAAUUUGGAUGCAAAUUCAGUCUCGUCUGCUUCAAAGCCCAUUGCAAGCGCUGGGUUUAAUGUAACAAAUCUAUACGAGGCAGAGAGAAAUGCAGAAUUGUAUCCAGCGUCAUCUGUGCACGCAGAUGCAUGGAAUGCCUCCUAUGUAAAAUUGCCUUGCGCGCCUCAGAAUCUCUACUACGAAAAUGGGAAGUCAGUUUGUCGAUGGAGUCUCAUAGAAAAGGCUCUAUCAAGCCCUAUAAACUCUGUCAAAGAAUUUGCUGAUGCCGUCCUUUCCUACAAUGCCCGUUUUGCUGGCUCUUGGAAUUUUGACCAUUUAUCAGCAGCCUUGCAGAUUGAGCCCUGCUAUGUGCAGUUGUUGCCAAAAAUAGCAGGUCUUGCCCUGAAGCUACCAUAUCUGAUUACUCGGCCGAUCCCAUUGCUUUUACGUAAUCAAGAAGCUAGUGUGUCUUUGAGCCAAUUUCAAAUUGCGUGUCUGCUGGCUAAUGCCUUUUACUGCACUUUCCCUUGCCGAAGUACAAGGUCAAAACGAUCAGAAUAUUCGAACUUUCCAUUUAUCAAUUUCGGAAUUUUGAUGUCUAGAGGGUACAGAAAUCAAACUAAAUCAACCGACCACAAGGUGCUGUGCAUUCUGCACUAUUUUAAUCGCGUUUUAUCCAGCGAUCCUUCUGGUCGUAUAGUGACGUAUACUCGUCGUUGCCUUGAUCAGCCGCCCGAUUUCGUGUCAAGUGACGCUAAGUUCAAGUCAAUUGCUUUCGGAGUGAGCUCCACCUGUCUCAUUGAGGACGCGGACCCCGGGACAAUUCAGGUCAAUUUUGCGGAUCGUUUUCUUGGUGGUGGAGUGCUCCGUGGUGGCUGCGUUCAGGAAGAGAUCCUUUGCUGCAUUCGUCCUGAGAUCCUCGCGGGGCUACUUUUUAUCGAAGCCAUGGAUAACCACGAGGCCCUUAUCAUUGAAGGAGCGGAACGAUUUUCGCGUUACACAGGUUACGGCAGAACGUUCGAAUGGGCUGGCGACUUCAAUGAGGCCGUUGAUGCAAAAAACACACUGAGUGAAGACGGCCGAUGGAUGGGAGCCAUAACCGCGAUUGAUGCACUUCAUUUCUCCAGAGGUACCUCACAAUUCGAUGGUAAAUCCAUUCGGCGCGAAUUAGAUAAGGCCUACUGUGGUUUCACCGACCUUCUCGCUCCCCACCGAGCUCUUCCUAAUGUUGUCGUAAGCGGCCACUGGGGAUGCGGUGUUUUUAAAGGAGAUAAGGAACUCAAAUGUUUGAUUCAAAUGAUGGCUUGUGCGCAGGCCGGAAAAUCGCUUGCGUAUUGCACAUUUUCCGAUGAUGACUUUGCUAAGAAGGCUCUUCAAGUCUUUCAAGUUCUUUGCUCCAGCUCAUGUACAGUUGUCAAAAUGUACAACUCGAAGACCAAGUGCCUUUGGAUUCGUGACCGAAGUAUUGUCAAAGAUGUCUUCAUUGUCUUAAUCGUUUUAAAAGGUAAGGAUAUGCAUUCCAAAGCAAUCACUGACGUUUGUUCAAGGAACCUGGGAGCUGUUGUCAGGCAAGAGUUUAGGGUUGUGCUUUGCUGCAGUUGGCCUGCACGCUAUCUGGCCAUAACAAUGGUAUUGCAAAGUGAUCUUCGGCUAUUAAUGGCCUUUGCUUUGCGACCUGUAUUGGAUUUCAUGGCAACUUCUUGUGCUUCUUGCUCUAUUAUACGGCACGUUUCUGUCAAGUCCUGGCCGACACUCGACAAUCCUUGGAGAGAAAGGCUCGAUGUUGACAAAAAAGCCACCUUCCCAAGUAACUACGUGGUUUCAAAGGAGGAAUUUAAGUUUGUUGAAAUGCUGAAGCCCAUGGACACAGUUCCACCGCCUCCUGUUAUCGAUGCAACACCAAGUGGUUGGGUUCCGCCCCGACCUGAGGUCUGUUCGAAGAAGCCCUAUACGGUGACCCGUUCGCGCAACCACAUGCUCCCUGUCUACUUGAAGAUUAAGGAAAGGAAAAGACGAGAACAGACCCAUGGGAAAAGGAUGCUGACCGUUAUAACCAAAGUCGGAGGCGAUAUAUCAGCUCUGGCGGCAGAACUGGAGACUCUUCUGAAAGGGAAGUGCGAGACGGGAAGACUCCUCUGUCAAGUGGAUGAAGUCACCCAAAAGAUAAUAAUCGAUGGGGUAUUUUUGGAUGAAGUUGCGGCUUUUCUUAUUGAAAAUGGGUUUUAA